CUCGGGGCGCGGGGCGGGGUGGUCCUGGUCCCGGGCGUCGGGUCCGCGGCCCCGGACCUGCCCCAGGCGGAGAUCGCGCAGCGGUCCCGGCGGCGCCAUGUCUUUCUGCAGCUUCUUCGGGGGCGAGGUGUUCCAGAACCACUUUGAGCCGGGGGUCUAUGUGUGCGCCAAGUGUGGGUACGAGCUGUUCUCUAGCCGCUCGAAGUAUGCGCACUCGUCCCCAUGGCCCGCGUUCACCGAGACUGUCCACCCCGACAGCGUGGCCAAGCGCCCGGAGCACAACCGGCCUGAGGCCCUGAAGGUGUCCUGUGGCAGGUGUGGCAACGGGCUGGGCCACGAGUUCCUCAAUGACGGCCCCAAGCGGGGGCAGUCGCGCUUCUGAAUUUUUAGCAGCUCGCUGAAGUUCAUCCCCAAAGAUAAAGAAACCUCUGCCCCCCGGGGGAAGUAAGCGGGCAGCCCCCUGCACACGAGGUGGCUGUGCACUGGCCGCCCCACAUUGGAGCUGGACCCCACGGACAUUCAGGCAGGGAGCUGGGGGCGGAGCUCAACGGGUCACCAGGAACAAAACCUGUGGCCCGCAGGCCGUGCCCCCCUGUGCCGGGCCAGGCGUGUCCUGGCAGCAAGAAGUUGGCCUGGGCUUAGCCUGCCUUCAGCGGCUCGGCACCCCAGCCCAGCCCAGCCCGCCCCCUCCUGCCAUCCGGACUCACUCCUGGGGGGCCCAGUUCCGAGACGGGACCUCCCCUCACUCCACCAGGAGACAGCGCACGUGGAGGCCGCUGUGGCCGCUGCUCCCACCUGGAUCACCGCAUGAGUCACCCUGGUUAAACCCUGCCCGGCCGGCCAGGGUGGUGAUGGUUCGUGACCCACUGGAGGGGCAGGCCCAUGGCGCGGCCUCUGACCUCUCGCUGCGAGACAAGGAGCCCUUUGUCCUGUUGUACCAUCUGUUCGGGUACAGCUUGCUUCAUCCAGGCUUAGGAAAGUGGCAGUUACCCCAAAACCUCCAGCCAGCACAGGGCUGGGCACCCCAGGGACCCCGCCUACAGCACGUGCCCCUGAGAAGCCCCUUCCCAAGAGACGGCGACCGUGCCUUACUGUCUGCACCCCAAAACUCUUGCCAUUUGGGAGGGUGGGCACUGCUGAAGCCCAUCCCCCACUCAGAUCCUUCUGGAGCAAUCAGGUGGAAAUCAAUAAACACAAAACCCAGG